ACAUCCAGUGUUUGAGCGCGCGAGGAGAUGACCUGUACACUAACGUCACCAUCUCCCUGGUGGAGGCUCUCGUUGGCUUUGAGAUGGACAUCACACACCUGGACGGCCAUAAGGUCCACAUUGUGAGGGACAAGAUCACUAAGCCUGGUGCUCGGGUGUGGAAGAAAGGAGAAGGCCUGCCCAACUUCGACAACAACAACAUCCGUGGCUCUCUCAUUGUCUCCUUCGACGUUGAGUUCCCAGAGACACAGCUGAAUGACAAUCAGAAAGAGGGAGUGAGGGCGAUUCUGAAGCAGGCAUCGGUACAGAAGGUUUACAACGGACUACAGGGAUACUGACACACCAACAGACAGAAUCUGGACUGAGUGCUGUGCUACAAAACACACAAAGGAACAAGCACAGGGGUGUAUUUAUUUUCAGAUUGUUCUCAGGAUGGGUUAACUUGAUUUGGUUUUUUUUUAAUAUUCUACAUUCUGAAGGUGACUUGACAUUGUCUAUUUUCUUUUAAAGAAGUCCUUGUUAUAUUUCACAUUGACGGGGUGAAACUACACCGUAUUUAUACUUUUAAUUUUCUUGCCCUCGUCCAAAUUUUUACUACCACCAUUUCUUUGUCACUCAUUUUACGUUGUCUUUUUUAAUUCACCUUCAAUUUCAACUACUGUCAUCCAAUGUGAACCACUAUCACAGACAUGUUUGAUUAUCAAAGCCCACUAUCUGAUGUUAAACCUUUAUCACACCUGACGGGACACUAAAAGAGGAGCUGGACUGAGGCAAAGGACUCUGAAAUCAAAGGACCAUUUCAUGGCCCUCAGCAAGACUGGAAUACUAUUCGCCUCCCUGUUGUUCUGAUAACUUUUACAGAUGUAAUACUGUACUAGGGAAUUUCAUCUUGAGUGAUUUUGACUCCUCUGACACCUUAAACAAUUCUGUCAUUUAUAGGUUUUCGGUCAUAUAUGUUUUCAGUAAUAUCUCAAAACACUUUGUAAAUAGGAAAGAAACUACAUAUUGUUAUU